AUGGGAGCUAAUGUGUCACACGUGGAUGAUGAUGGACACAGCAUCCUUCAUCUGGCCUCUUCAGGUGGAUGUGUGGAGAUGGUGAAGGACAUCCUGUCACACAAUCCGGUCGACAUUAACGCCAGGGACAAGUAUGAUGAAAACCAGAACGACCCUGAGAAACAUAACGUUGACAAGCAGGAAUCAUUUGUCAACAGUCCACUUCACGAGGCCUGCAGGAAGGGGGAUCUGAAGCGAGUUGGACACAUCCUGUCCCAGGGUUUAGUUGACAUCAACAGCAGAGACGAGAAGCAUGGAAGGACACCACUAAUGGUGGCAGCACAGAAGGGACAUUGCAGAAUAUUUGACUUUCUUAUCACAAAAGGUGCUGAUAUGUCAGAAGUGGAUAAUGACUGUGAGAACAUCCUACACUGGGCAUGCAAGGGUGGACAUGUGAGUAUGGUGGAGUGUGUACUCCAACAAUACGGAAUUAAUAUCACCGCUGGGAAAACACCCCCUCUGAUACUGGCUGCUUUUAGAGGAAACAGGAACGUUUGUGAGUUCCUUGUGUGUAUGGGAGCCAAUGUGUCAGUUCAUCAUCUAGGCUACAACGUCCUCCAUUGGGCCUGCACGGCCGGGCGUGUCGGUAUCGUGAAGUAUUUACUUACUCUCAGCAGUGUUGAUAUUAACAGUAGGGGGGAAGAUGGAAUGACACCUUUGAUGGCUGCUGUUGAGUAUGAGCACAGAGAUGUUUUUGAACUCCUCGUGAGUAUGGGAGCUAAUAUGUCACAAGUUGAUGACGACGGCAACAGCGUCCUGCAUUUUGCCUGCCGGGGCGGACACUUGGAUCUGGUGAAGUAUCUACUUUCGCAAAGCAGUGUUGAUAUUAACAGUUGGGACAGAGAUGGAAAGACGCCCUUAAUGAAGGCUGUUAUUUGUAGACAAAGAGACGUCUUGGAGCUCCUCGUGCGUAUGGGAGCUAAUAUGUCUCGAGUUGAUGACGACGGCAACAACGUCCUGCAUUUUGCCUGCCGGGGCGGACACUUGGAUCUGGUGAAGUAUCUAGUUUCACAAAACAGUGUUGGUAUUAACUGUAGGAGUAAAGAUGGAAAGACUCCCUUAAUGGAGGCUGCAUUAAGAGGAAAAAGAGACGUUUUUGACUUCCUCGUGAGUAUGGGAGCUAAUGUGUCACACGUGGAUGUUAAUGGAAACAACAUCCUUCAUCUGGUCUCCUUACGUGGACCUGUCGAGGUUGUGAGGCACAUCCUGUCACAGAACCUGGUCGACAUUAACGCCAGGGACAAGGAUGGAAAAACGGCAGCCAUGAUAGCAAAGCCAACGAGGAAAGUAUACCGUGCAAUGUCCGAACUUCUAUGGCGAGGCUUCGUGAAGAUCAUUACUGACACUUAUGGUUUGUGUGAGCAUUCGCUGGUGAUAAUUGGCAAGUUUAGUAAAGACUAUAAUGUGUCGGUGGAGGACCGGAUUGUUGAGAACAUAGGAGCCUGCAACUGUGUUGCUGUUUCCCAACACGCCAAUUCGACCCUUACUUCACCUAGGAGGCGUGGUGGGUGA